CCACGGGCCCCAAGUCUCUGCAGCGUCGGCUGCUUCUUUCCAGCCUUGGGUCUCCCAAGCGCGUGCCACGACUUCUCCUCUCCUCGCCCGUACCUUCCCUCCCAGGCUGGCUGACGACUUCCAUUUCCCCACCUGCAGCCCCGGUGUCCGUUUGCCCAGUCCCUGCCCUGCUCCGCCGAGGGCCCCUGUGUGCGAACCUCGGCCCCAUGGUGCUGCAGUCGCUGCAGAGCUCGGGGGUGGUCAUCCGCCAGAUCCUGUCUCACUUCCCCGAGGAGCUGAGCCUGGCUUUUGCCUAUGGCUCCGCGGUCUACCGCCAGACGGGGCCCAGUGCAGCCCAGAAGAACCCCAUGCUGGAUCUCGUGUUCACAGUGGAUGACCCUCUGAGAUGGCAUUCCAGGAAUUUGGAGAAAAACUGGAGCCACUAUUCUUUCCUAAAAGUUUUGGGGCCCAGGAUGAUCACAACUGUUCAGAAUAACUAUGGCGCUGGAGUUUACUACAAUCCAUUGAUAAAGUGCGACGGUAGGGCCACUGAUGUUUCCAUUGCCUCCCAGGCGUUAUUUGGCUACAGCGAGAAGGGGUGUGAAGUACUAGAGUGGAGUGAAGAAGGUAGCUUUUCAGCCCAGCCUGCCAGAUCCUCUAGUCAUACAAAGCACCUUAUCAAAUACGGGGUUAUUAGCACUAGCGUUCUGAUUGAAGAUCUCCUCACCUGGAAUAACUUAUAUAUUGCUGGACGACUCCAUAAGCCGGUGAAAAUCGUCACAAUGAAUGAGAACACCACCCUCAAGGCAGCCCUCGAUAAAAACCUGAAGAGCGCUGUGAAUGCUGCGUUCCUCAUGCUCCCCGAAAGCUUUUCAGAAGAAGAGCUCUUCUUGGAGAUUGCUGGACUCUCCUACUCCGGCGACUUUCGGAUGGUGGUUGGCGAGGAUAAGACAAAAGUGUUGAAUAUUGUGAAGCCCAACAUAGUUCACUUUCGUUGGCUGUAUGGCAGCAUACUGCAGGAGAAUCCCCAAGUGGUGUAUAAAAUGCAUCACGGCAGACUAGAGCUAGAUAAAAGCCCAGAAGGACAGUUUGCUCAGCUAAUGGCAUUACCCAAAACCUUACAGCAACAAAUAAAUCACAUUAUGGACCCUCCUGGGAGAAACAGAGAUGUAGAAGAAACCUUAUUCAAAGUCGCUAAUGAUCCCGACUGUUCAGCGGUGGUGCGACUAGGCCUUUCAGCAAUCGUGAGAGCCUCCAGUGUGAAACAAAGCACCAAGGGUAUUUUUACAGCUGGCAUGAAGAAGUCGGUGGUCUACAGCUCAUUGAAACUAUACAAAAUGUGGAGUGGAUGGCUGAGGAAAAGCUAAUAUUGCUCUUAUGUGUGUUAUAUAGAGAUGAAUAAAGUGGCGCUUUUUGACAGAA